AUGUCUCAGCCCAGCCCACCUCGUGCAGAGCUACCUCUUCCUGAUGAGCUAGUUCGGGUCAUAUUGAAAAUCUCGACUCGCAUGCCGGCGGCGUUUGAAACGGCGGUCAUCGAGCAAUUUGAUCCGCCACAGGCGCUGAAGGUCGCGAACAAGAUAGCCGCGAGCAUAUCGUUCAAAUUGGCAUUAGGGCGCGUCUGCAAAACAUUUCAGGAGCUCAUGGAGGAGUUUUUGUACGAAUCCAUCGUCAUCUUCAGAGUUGAGCAGCUCUUUCCGGCCAUUCGGUCGUUUCAGACGAUGCUUAGUUCGACUACCUACAAAAUAUUCCGAGGAGAAAGAUGCCUAAGAUUAGACAUCGCCCUUGGCCACCGAUCCCAAAGGUUUGGAGUGGCAAGCUGGAAGGACCAGUGGCCAUGGGUUACGCACGCGCUAGCCACUCUCCUAACUGCCUGUCCCAAGCUACAAAUUCUCGUACUUCAUAGUCCACCCAAUACCUCCUAUCACUCACCACUACCAACAUACUCGACUCUCUGGAUGCAGAUCGCAAGUAACCUCACCAACUUGCAAGUCUUCGCCAACUCUUUGGCAGAUAUGACAGAGCAAGACCUAAUACAAAUCAUCGGUAGCCUCAGAUCUCUCGAGAUGGUCCACGUUCAAGCAGUGCGGACAGGGGCGCCUACGUUUGCCCCGCUCCCUCCAAUCAGAACAGCUCGUCUUUUCAGAGCUGAUGACAUUGCCCAGUGCAUCCUCACAUAUGAGACUGCAUCCUGGCCAACCAAUUCCAGCGAUUCGGCGUCGGCCCCAAAGUUGCACUCAAUCCAUCCUGGAUCCCAAGGGACAAAGCUCUUGGAGUUGAUAGAGUCGCCUCGACUCACGACACUAUCUAUACCUGAACGCGGCUCGGAUGCAUUCUUCGCCGCCCAGUUCGAAUCGAAGGCCACUAUCACCCGCCUCGUCUUCAACGCAGAAUCCAGCACCGAUAACAUGUGGAUGAUACUCAGGAAUUUCCCGAAGGUAUCCGAGUUCAAGAUUGUGGGAGUCGUCGCACAUGACUCGAUGGAACACCACUUCGGUCACUUGGAGAUCCUCGAGGUCUCUCGGCUCUCAUCAGAAGAUGCCUCUUACCUCCUGGAAAUCAUAGCUACAGGAAAACUACCCAAACUCCGGGAGCUCGUUCUAUCCGACAUUCACCAAUCAACGAUAGACGAGGCCCUGCAAAAUCAAGUCGACGAGUUCGCGGCUCGAGGCAUAACCCUACAUGCCAAAACAGAGAACCCUAAACCCGUAGGCAUUUUUUAA